AUGACACUUCCUUCAGGCGUGCGGAGGGCCGAUGGGGAUGACGCAUCGCCAGCCCGCCACGUGGAGUCUUCUGGAAGGCGCAAUGACUCGCCCGUUUGCCCCUCCCCUCCCCAUGGUGGGUACUUUCACCUGCCAGACGUCUUCAGCGAGGUGGCGAAGGCAAGAAGUGAAUACAACGUGGUGCUGCUGGAGAGCUACUGCGCCACAACACCCUCCUUCCGUGUAUGGUGUGCCCUGGAGAGUCUGGCGCAACAAAACCCCAGGGCCUACGUGUGGUAUGUCAUGGUCUCCGGGGCCCUGGAGGUCACGGAGGGGUCGCUCGGGGCCCUCCUGCCGCGGCGCUACCCCAACCUGCGCCCCGUCACGGUUACCCCCGCCCAAGUGUUUUCCGGCACGCCCCUCGAGGCCUUGUUUGAGUCCGGCACGUGGCGAACCAACACAAGCUGGGCGGAGGUGAAUCUAGCCGACCUGAUGCGGUUAGCACUAGUAUGGCACCUGGGUGGCUUCUACGCCGACAGCGAUGUGGUGUGUGUGCGCCCCGUGACCCACCUUGCGGACGUGGUGGCAUGGCAGGAAAUGUCCACCAUCGGCUCGGGCGCCUUUCACUUCCGACGCCAGCACCCACUUCUCCUGCAGAUCAUGUCCCGCGCCGCCCUCACUUUCCAGGCUGCGCGGUGGGGUGCCGGAGGGCCGCACGUCUUUACCAGCCUGGUCAAGCAGCACUGUCAAGGUCAUGGGCUGGCGGCUGGAAGGGCGGCGAGCUGUGGCGACUUAACUGUGCUACCAAUCAAAGCCUUCUACCCAGUCCCCGCCCCUGUCUGGAAAACCAUCUUCAUGCCGCAGACGUUCAUCAGACCCGUCGCUCAGCGGUACCGAGGGUCCUACCUGAUCCACACCUGGAACCAGCUGAGCCGCGGCCAGCUCGUCGCCCGGGACUCGGGCAGCAUCUAUGACCAGGCGGCGAGACAAUUUUGCCCCCUGACCCGCCAGCUGGCCACCGCCCACUCUCCCUUCUACUGAUGUUUGGUCGGCAGUCUUGUCCUCAAUAUGUCUCUCCUGCCUGCUGCCGGGGCCCCGCCUUUGGUGAGUACCAAACAUUUUCUCUCAAAGUUUGUUGGUAUAGAUAAAGAUCACUAGUUACGACACGUAUUUUUUUUUUUAGUGAUCACAAGCCGUGCCGGCAUGCUUAUGUAGAUCUGUCUCCCAGCGCCUAGUGCGGCUGCCUCUUCCUGCCUUGGUGCG